GUGAGUUUUACUCCCAAAGUUUGGUUUUGGCUCUUCGUUAACGCAUUGGUUGGAAUGACUCUGGCUCAAGGCUUAUUCUAUUAUGGGCUGAGAGAUACUUCAGCUACUUACUCUGUUAACUUUCUCAACAUGGUUCCAAUAUGCACAUUCCUCACCUCAGUCAUUUGCAGAUUGGAGAAAUUAGGGCUGAAAAAUUGGAGUGGUAGAACUAAGUGUGCAGGGGCAAUUUUGUGUGUUGGUGGAGCAUUACUUACCAGUCUUUACAAAGGCAAACAAUUUUAUCUUUUUCAUCAUAGUCAUCAUGCUCAAACUAAUGUUGCAGCACAACCAACUCACAUGCUUCGGGGUACUUUCCUUUUGAUCGGCAGCUGCUUCUCAUACACAGCUUGGUUUCUUCUACAAGUCCAAUUGCUUAAAGUAUUUCCACUUAGGUAUUGGGCAACAAUGCUAUCAUGCGUUAUAGCAGCAAUUCAAGCAGGAAUCGUAGGGGUCUGCAUAGAUUCUAGUAAAGCUGCUUGGAGAUUAGAGUGGAAUCUACAACUGCUCACCAUAAUCUACUCUGGAGCACUGGCUACUGCUGCUACAUUCUGCAUACUAUCUUGGGCAAUAACAAUCAAAGGACCUACUUAUCCUUCGAUGUUCAAUCCCCUCUCUCUUAUUUUUGUGGCCUUUUCAGAAGCUCUCAUUCUCGGACAACCACUGACCAUUGGAACGUUGUUGGGCAUGGUUUUGAUCAUAGUUGGGUUGUACUCCUUCUUGUGGGGAAAAAGAAAUGAGAAAAUGGGCAUCACUCAACAGCCAAUCGUUGCAGCUGCAGAAGUGUCAAAUAUCUCUGAUUUGAUUGCUGGGGCAGAAUCAACAGCUACAGUAGUGCCAAGUUCUUCACCGCUGAAUACUCUGGAUUUGGAACAUGAUGCUCCUCAUAAAAAUUGAAAAGGAAAACUUCAUUUUUACUUAUGUUGGCCUAAAAAAAAAUCUACA